UUGUAGCCUGGAGGAAACACAAUCACUGCUGACUGUCGUUUCCUGUCCAAUAGCUGCAGCACUAAAGUCUGAGGGAAAGUAUAGCGCGAGAGAAGGGAGAGGAGAGAUCGAGUAGCCUGUACAGGACGGAUAGAUAGAUAAAGGUUUAAAAGCAUUUCGGGACGGUGGUGUAGCCUUUAAGACUUUGUUCGCAGAAAAACAAAGGGAAGUGGAGAAGCCCUGCAGCGCAGACAAAGACUUAGUCAGCGAGCUGCCUGCAGAGACACACUAACUUACCCAACAUCUGGUCUGCUGGAGGACGAUCCGCACAGAGAAACUUUUGGAGGCGGAGAGAGAACUAUCUUCGCAGGACAAAUAUGCAUUGAAUUGGGCGUUUUUGGGCACCCCCAUGAGCCGAAAAGAGAUUAGGUGCUCGUGUGAGGUGUCGAUAGUGGAGGGAUAGAGGACAGAAAGGGUCUCCGGGGGCAAGAAGUCCACCCGCAGCGGCCAGAGAAUGAAUUAGCCGAAAGGUCGGCUGCACCGUUUCCCAGCCAGAGAGAAGGCUCACUCCUUGGCCCCUCCACCUCCUGCCAUAAGAGCCAGGCCUACGCCCAUGGAUGAGGAGAGGACUGCCCCUGCCAUCUCCCCACAGCCACCUGAUGAGGGGGACCCCAGUCCAUCCGCCCCACAACCUGAGACACACGCAACCUUAACAGACGUGAGAUCAAACGAACCCCCGAGCCAAAAGCCCUGUCCCAGUCCAGAUGUGGCACACACCUAUACUGAGCCCCUCAUAUUGAAGUUAAAUGGCACCCAAGAAAGGUUGCAAGGCGGUGAUGGAGACAAGUGGAGCACCAGCCUCUCGCACUCGGAGCUUACAACACCCAACAAGAGCAUCACAUAUCAACCAGCAGCCAGAUCUACGGCCGGCCAUCACACCCAGCCAUGCCGGACACAGCCCAGCAGCCACCUACGCAACGGAGCCAAGCACCACGCACACUCAUCUCACACGCACUGUACACAUCACAUGCCUCACACGCACAACCUUCAGUCCAACGGCGUCAGGAACGGAGGCCAUGAGCAUCCUAAGCUGGGCUCCCUCCCGAGAGGCGGCUCAUCCACCUCCUCGUCCUCUUCAGCGGGAGCCAAACACACCAAGAAGUUGCAGUCCAACCCCUCUAUCACCUCCCAGAGCAGCAAGAGAAGCAAGAGCAGCUCUAAGAGCAACAGCUCUCAGAUUCCCACCGAGGGACAGGACGACUGCUGUGUCCACUGUAUUCUGGCCUGCCUCUUUUGUGAGUUCCUGACUCUGUGUAACAUCGUCCUGGACUGUGCCACCUGCGGCUCCUGCGCGGGCGACGACUCGUGUUUCUGCUGCUGCUGUGCGACCGAGGAGUGUGGCGACUGUGACCUCCCCUGUGACAUGGACUGUGGCAUCAUCGACGCCUGCUGUGAGUCUGCAGACUGCCUUGAGAUCUGCAUGGAGUGCUGCAGCCUUUGCUUCUCCUCCUGAGGGCCCAAACACCCACCACAGGGUGGCAAAGGAGAUGUCCGCUACACACUCUCACAAGCCCAGGAACACUUUGACUUGUGUCUUAUCUAAGCCAAAAGUCUUUGUUGCCUGAGCUCCUUGGUUUACACUCUAAUGGCCGGCCUCGAGGGCCACACAAUAUGUCCAAUGUUUCUUAUACGGUUUGUCAAGCAAAAGAUCCUGAGAGCAAUCACUGAGGAAUUCUUCCUUCUUUUAUUGAUCAACGGGACAGGAGCUUCCACCGGCUCAUCUUUGCUGAUCGUUGCUGCAUAGCUGGAUGUACGGGGCAGAAGGGGUUUCAGCUGUGUCUGCCAGGCUCUGCAGAAAGGGCCUCUGGACCCUCACAGAACAGGCUAUUAUUACAAUGGAUUCCCUUGUGCCCUCUGAGUCUGGAAUUCUCCAAGCAUGAAAAAUGACCUCUAAAGGCAAAUGAGAAUAUGGCUCCAUUUAACCGGAUUUUAGCGUUUCUGUAGAUAAGAAAAGUAGUAUAAUGGGAAAAUGGACGCUCAGAUCUCAGUAGAAAUGUAGUCUCUCCUCCUGUCCUUGGCAAGGUUAAAGUAUUUUUUGAUUGCAUACAGUGGCCUUUGUGACACACACACACACACACACACACACAGCCUUACGGGAGGAUGUUGAAUCCAGCGCUGUCUUUUGUCUUGUUGCAACGUACAAAAUAGGAAAAAUGUUAAUGGUGGCUUGUGGCAAUAUUACACACAAAUUUCUUCUGUUCAUGUAAUCUCACUUAACAGACUUAUUCAGAGGAAAAUCAUGAGAGUGUUGUGUAUCAGCCUCAAGAUGGAUCCAAUUAAAUAAGUACUGUAGUUGAUGGGUAUGUCAUGGACACAUUCUUUCCUCCAACAUGUGAAGGGAGAGAGUUCUUAAUCAAAGUUCUCUCCUCGUUUAAUGAUUCACAUUUGUUUACCUUUACAUUUUUUAUUUUGACUGGCUUUGGUUUUAUUCAGUGAAUCCUUCCUCGUCUGAAUAGUCAGAGCUGGUGGCGGACUGUUAGAGGACUCAAAGUUAUCAUCUCUUUUUUUAAUAGGUUUCAUUCUUUGUUGUUGUUGCUAUGUGAACAAAUAGCCUUGGCUUAUCUUAAGGCCUGAAUUUUCAAGUACAGUCCUUGCCUUUACCAAAUCUCUGUUAAUCCUUAUUUUUUAGAUUUUAGUUAAGAUAUUUGCAUUUCUCUUCUAAUGUGAAAAUCACAUUUCUGUGUUAUCGGGUUAGAUUUGCAGUGCUCUGUGUAAAGCGGACACUGCUCUACAUCUAGUUUGAUUCCUUGAGUGAAAAUCUUGCGACAUUAUGCUAAGACAGAUCCAUAUGCUCGCGGUGUGAACGGUACCUAAUACCUCUUGUGAUGACACCAAGAUCUGAUCUGUGCUUUUUUAAAUGACUUGAUUCAAAUCUCUCUCCUCAUCAAAAACUGUUUGUUGAACCCUAUUUCUUUUGGAAAUACCAAAAAGGUAUUUCCUCUUACUGGACUCUUAAUUUCUAGGCCACAAUUACUAAUACUUUAAAGGGUCUCACUAUGCUUAUGUGGCUGGUGUUCAAUAAACCCUUUUUUAAGGGCUGAACUAUAACACUGUUGAUAUAACUAUACACUAAGGCUGUUAAUUAACCUGAUAACACCGAAAAAGAAAAGUUUUCUUACAAAGAUAUCAUGACUCUUAAUAUCGGUUUCUAUCAGAAAGAAUGUUCGAACUAAACUGAGACAAAAUACUGGAAGCCUUGGAAAACAAUGCAAAUGUCUUGUUUUAUGAAGGGCGAACUGGAGUUUAUAAUGUCGUGUACAGACAUGCGACCAAUGUCAUUUGUUUAGAUUUAAAUCAUAUUCAGAGUGCAGAUUUGUAAAGCGUUACUUCAUUUUAGAUUACCCCUUUGGAAUGUGUUUGAGUUCAGUGGACGAGGCAGAAAAAUGAUCAUGAAACUGAGUCAGAAGUGAGAAGAACCAUCAUUUCAGUGACAUAAGCCUGUCACAAAAAGAAUUGGGGCAGAUGUGAUAAAUUAUGGGGGGUUUGCAAGUUUAAAACCCAAAUGACUGGUGAACUUCUUGUUCGGUAAGUCAAUUGUGACACAAAAUAAAUAGGACCCUAAAUAUUUACUUAGCUACACAGUCACUUUGAUUUCAUUCAAACCCUUUUGUCUUUUGUUAGGGAAAGCAGAAAAACGAGUACAUAUUAACGUUAAUAUUAAAAGGUUCAUUGUUUAUUUACUCAACCAAACUGAAAUGAUGGUUCUUCUCACUUCUGACUCAGUUUCAUGAUCAUUGUUCUGCCUCGUCUCACUGAACUCAAACACAUUCCAAAGGGGUAAUCUUUAAAACCAAAAUCAAUAUUUUGAAUGAAUUAAUGAUUAUGUUUUUUCUAAAUGGGAAGCUCACUAACUGGCUUCAUGUGGUCUGUUGCUUUCUGUUAUAUCACAUUUAUUUUAGUUUUUCUUCUUUUCCAGUAGAGUUGUAACUGAAGGACUAAAGUCAACAAAAACCUUCCUGGAAGGGACAGCAUGGCUUGCAACUCGCUCUUUGGCAGUGGCACAUACAGACAUGUCUGACCAUCCUGUGAGGUUCUCUUUUCAAAAGUAUCUUCAUCUGGGUUUUUGAACGGGUCCUAUUGGACUGUAAUGUGCAAACAUGGGGGAUAGAAGAGGUGUACACACACAUGUCUCAAUACUACUGCUAGGUUGUGCCCUGCAAUACCAAUAAUUUAAAACAACCUUUUAAUAAGGUGGGUUCAAAAACAGUCAACACAACAUUUAAGUUUUAUUUACCGGUAAUAGUGUUAGAAUAAUAUUUUAUGACUGGAUCAUUACAUACUGCUUCAUGGCUAAACAAGGAAGGGCCACACCCUUUGUGGAGAAUGGAGGCAGUCUGGAGGGAUAGAAAACACUGAUUGGUUGGUCUGAGAUGGAGAAUGUUUCGUGGACGUAGAAUGUCCUCAAUUGAACGGCAUCAUUACAUGUUUCUCGAUUGCGGAAAAGAACUCAGUUGAACUAUUAUAGAAGUACUGGAAGAAAACGUGUUUACUUUCAGUGUUGUCCAUACAGUGUUGACAGUAAAUGUGUUAGCAUUACUUUGACUACAGAAAUGUCUAACUGUUGACUUUCGUGGAUUUAUUAUCGUAUUAUGAGAUGGGAUUUGGAUAUUAAUUUAAAGGACUGGCUGCCAUUGCUAGAAGUCCAAAUAAUAUCCGAGCCCAGCUGAAUUGUAACUGUAUGAUUAUGACUGUAGUCCACUAUAAUGUCAUUUUGUUUACACUACCCCCAUUUUAUGUCAAUUUUAAUUGCUGUCCUGAAAGUCACGUCAAAAUCUCUUAGUUUCAUACCGAAUAAACAAUGUGAACUCCAGGCUA